UGUUGAGGCAUGAAGGCGAGUAGAGCCAGUUCGACAUGCUUGGCACCUUGCUCAUUGCAUAAUUACUUUAUUUACUUUGUGCUUAUGCCUUUUCCAGUCGGUUUAAUGACAGUAUUAAAUGUGUGGGUGUUUAUUGUCAUUGCGCUCAACAGCUGGAACUGCGCGAGAGCAUGCGCAUGGAUGAAGACACAGAGCAAAGCAACUCUCAGCAACUUUCAGGUUUUAAGCACCAACUCCAUUGUGCAUCUUCAGCAGGCGUGCAGAGAUGCAGGACAUGAUCAUGGACAUCUUAUCAUGGAGUUCCCAAACAAACAAUACGACCUCAUAACUCAUCUGCAGGCAAAUGACCACAUACUGUUCAUUUUGCGGACUCUAAAGGGUGUUAUGAGGAUCUAUAGGAGAAAAUCUAAGGAGAUGAACUGUGACCAACAUAAACUGCAUAUUUUCCUGCUUGAAGUGGAUCGUCAGAUCUUGGAGCUGGAACGAUGUGCGAGAUAUAUAGUCACAGAUGAAGUACACAAGAGAAUGUUGAAGGAGAUGGAAAUUCACUUCAGAAGUCUGGUUUCUCAUCUUAGAAAUACAGAGUACAAUGCGAAGAGCUGGAAUGAUGUUGCAGGAGUGAUACUGAAACACCUUCAAAGACUUGACCUACUGGCCACCACAACUAAAACUAUUCUAAACUAGUCUGAAUCCAGAUUUGGUGGUGGUGAAAAACUGCUUCAAAAUUUUAAUCAACUGAAUGUAUCGUAACAGUGUAAAAAGUAAAAUACCGAUAUUAUGUAUUCUCUUGUAUUCAUAUAGAUAACACUUUAAUAAAGGCGCACGGUGGAUUCUUGGUUAUAGUACGCUCACCUCACACCGCCAGGGUCGGGGGUUCAAUUCCCACCGUGGCCCUGUGUGGGCGGAGUUUGCAUGUUCUCCCCGUGCUGUGGGGGUUUCCUCCGGGUACUCCGGUUUCCUCCCCCAGUCCAAAGACAUGCAUGGUAGGCUGAUUUCAGGUCCAAAGUGUCCAUAGUGAAUGAAUGGGUGUGUGAGUGUGUAUGUGAUUGUGCCCUGCGAUGGAUUGGCACCCUGUCCAGGGUGUACCCCGCCUUGUGCCCCAUGCUCCCUGGAAUAGGCUCCAGGUUCCCCGUGACCCUGAAGGAUAAUCAGUAUAGAAGAUGGAUGGAUGGAUGGAAUAAUUUAAUAAAAUAAAUGAAAACACAAAGAGUUAGGAGUACUCUUAAGAUUUUUAUUGAUCAUUUUGAAAAAAGAAAACAUCAAGCCUUUUUACUGAGGGUUUCCUUGACUUCUCCUGCUCCUUUACCUACAGGUCAGUACUGGGUAAAGCACUGAGUCUUUUUUCUUCAUCUUGUUCUUGCCAUGUGAGCACUCAUUGUACAGCGGUUUGUCCAAGCAGUCACUGGUGUUCUUUCCUGCUUCCAGUGCUCUCGCUCUGAACCCAAACUGGCCUCCACCUGUGUGACUUUUUGUUCUCCAGUCUUUCUCUCUGUCUCUACACUCCUCUCCUCCAUGUCUGCUUGGCCUUUUCUCAUUCCUGCUCCCAGCACUCUCACUCUGAAGGCAAGUUGACCUCCAGCUGCUUGACUUUCAUCACCAAAGCCAAUGUCUUCCAUUCUCUCUCUCUCUCUCUCUCUCUCUCUCUCUCUUU